CAAGUGACCCAGAAGUUCCAGAAUGUAGGGGCCAGGGUAGGAGAGGUUUUGAUAGCACCCAGGGGCUCAGGUUGGGUGGGGGUUCAGCUUUGUGGUCUAUCAUCCAGAACUGAGAUCUCUGACCCUCUUCUCAGCAUGGGCCUGGAGCUCUACCUGGAUCUGCUGUCUCCCUCCUGCCGUGCUGUCUACAUCUUUGCCAAGAAGAAUGGCAUCCCAUUUGAAUUCCAGUUUGUGGACCUGCUGAAAGGACACCACCACAGCAAGGAAUAUGUUGAGAUUAACCCCCUGAGGAAGCUGCCAAGCCUCAGAGAUGGGAAAUUCAUCUUAUCUGAAUGCGUGGCCAUCCUCUUCUAUUUGUGCCGCAAGUACAGCGCCCCCUCGCACUGGUACCCACCAGAUCUACACACACGUGCUCGAGUGGAUGAGUUCAUGGCUUGGCAGCACACGGCCAUUCAGCUACCCAUGAACAAGAUCCUCUGGGCCAAGCUGCUCAUCCCGAUGAUCACAGGCCAGGAGGUCUCAGCUGAGAGGACCGAACAGUUACUGCAAGAGGUGAAGCACAGUACUCAGCAGUUUGAAGAGAAGUUUCUGCAGGACAAGCUGUUCAUCACUGGGGAUCAGAUCUCACUGGCCGAUUUGAUGGCCCUGGUGGAGAUGAUGCAGCCUAUAGGGUGCAACUAUAAUAUCUUCCUUAACAGCUCCAGGCUGGCUGAGUGGCGCAUGAGGGUAGAGUUGGCUGUAGGCUCUGCCCUCUUCUGGGAGGCUCAUGACCGGCUGACAAAGCUGCAAGAGUGGGACUGUUCAACCUUGGAUCCCACGGUCAAGGAGAAGAUCCGUGACUUGCUGCACAGAUUCAAGUAGGAGCAGCCUGUCUGGCAGGACCUAGCUGGCUCAGAUCUCUGGUUCUCCUUCCUCAGGGGUGGUGAUGAAAAUUCUCUCCAUAAUGUAGGAUUGAGUGUGGGUAACUCUAUGUCAGUGUGUAUGCCUUGCAUGUGUGAGGCCCUGGGUUUGGUCCCUAGCACCACAAAAAAAUAAAAAAAGACACAACAUCAUAAUGGGAAGAAACA